UGAGAAGCGGGCGGCAAAGACCCGCGAAGACCGCCAGUUUCGCGCGAAAGUCUGCAUUCGUUGCGUAUGCGCUCAGGCUUUGUGAUUCUAUUCAAGUGAUCGAGCCUUCAUGGAAGACGCGCUCAGUGCGAAGUUCCAGAAAAUCGAAAAAAUUGGAGAGGGAACCUACGGAGUCGUGUACAAAGCCCGUGACCGGGCCACCGGACGAUACAUUGCCUUGAAGAAGAUCCGUCUUGAGAGCGAAGCCGAAGGUGUACCAAGCACUGCCAUACGAGAGAUCGCCCUUUUGAAAGAGCUUCGCCACCCAAAUAUCGUGCGCCUCCUCGAUGUCGUGCCCAACGACCAAAAGCUGUACCUUGUAUUCGAGUACAUGUCGGAGGAUCUCAAGAAGCACAUGGACAGAGCGGCGUCGAGCAAGACCCCACUUGCCGUGAACCUUGUGAAAAGCUAUCUGUGGCAGCUGUUGCAAGGCAUCGCGUACUGCCACUCUCAUCGUAUCUUGCACCGGGACUUGAAACCGCAGAACCUGCUCAUCGAUCUCGAAGGUAACAUCAAGUUGGCCGAUUUCGGCCUUGCGCGAGCCUUCGGACUGCCCCUGCGCACGUAUACACACGAAGUGGUUACGCUGUGGUACCGGGCGCCAGAAAUCCUCCUCGGCUCACGCUUCUACUCGACGUCAGUGGACGUCUGGAGCAUCGGCUGCAUCUUCGCCGAAAUGCUUAUGCUAAAGGCACUCUUCGCGGGUGACUCGGAGAUAGACCAGCUUUUCCGCAUCUUCCGCACUCUCGGUACACCCGACGAGAACUCUUGGCCCGGCGUGACCAACCUUCCCGACUACAAAGCAACUUUCCCGCGCUGGGAGCCGCAGUCACUGGCGAACAUUAUCAAUGGCUUAGACGCGGACGGAGAAGACCUCAUCCUGCAGCUACUCAUCGCCAACCCAGAGGCCCGUAUGCCAGCCAAGAGAGCGCUCAGCCAUCGUUACUUUCGAGAUGUCACCAUUCAGCGACCCGUGUGCAUGUGACACCUGUCCGCAUGCGCUCUAGGCCCCUCUUUUUCAUUAAUCUGUUGCCGAUAAUGCCUGCGCAUUUCUUUUUUUUUUUUUUCUUCUUCUUCUUGGUUAGCUUACAUAGAUAUUCCAAGUUGCGAGCCAGAACGCGCGGUCUUAUUAUGCAUGAUUUACUAGCCGUGAGCAUAUGUCCCAUGGCGACAGUAGAGCGCCGCUGGCCAGUAACUUUGCUGAAUUGUUAUUAUUGGCAUGCGUAGAGUUACUGUGAGCAUAAACAGUAACUCUAGGCAAGCGAACUAGGAUACUUGUGGCUCUUCUUUUAUAUAUACAUAUAUAUAUAUACACAUAUUAAUUCCUUCUGCUUUGUUUUUCGUUUUACUCUGGUUAGUUGCUUAGUUAUUUUCAUGUCACCUUAAAGUAGCAAGCCAGAGCACGCGGUUUUAUUAUGUAUUAUUUAUCAUUCAGUGAUAUGUAUUAUCUAUGUUCUUACUUGGUAUCAAUGUUCUUACUUAGUUAUUCUUACAUAUUCCCCAGGGCGACAGCAGAGCGCCGCUGGCAAGUAACCUUCCUUAUUAUCGUUCAUGUUAGUCCACAUGGCGCCGUUACCAGGGCAUCCGCGCUGGCAUAAUGGUGGCCCCUAUUUUCUUUAUACACACACACACACAUAUAUAUAUAUAUAUAUAUACUUAUACCCUUGUUCUUGAUAGCGCGCGGUUCUUUUUUUUCUUUUUCCUCCCUGCAACCUCUGGUUAGCAUGCUUAGCGUUCUUCACAUUGCUCAGAAGUUGCAAGCCAUGGCUCGCGAUUUUAUCUUGUAUUAUUUACCGGCAAGUGAUGUCAUAUUUAUUGACAUAUUAAACGGGAAACCCGUAGAUGGUGUUCGAGGCUGUGCAGAAAGGUGAACACCCGUAUGCAGCGCACCUGCCAGCCAGCCCGCCUGUCGACCACAGUAACUAUCAUUAUUUUGCAUAUCAAUGUUCAAACUCGAUUAUACAUUUUUUCAAAGCGACAGCAGAGCAUCGCCGAUAGGUAACUUUCCAGAUUAUCGUUAGUGCCCAGAUCAUGAGCUUCAUCUAAAGAUGCAUUCCAUAUUUUUUUACGUGCCUACGGCAAUGUGUUCUUCAACGUGUGCCUCAGACAACGAAGGAAUUCGCUGUUUUAGUUAUACAUUUUGUGAAGUGCCGCAAUUGUGACCGCCCCUUUUACACGCCGUUUUUUUUUUUUUUUUUUCUACUUGCCGCGAGAAGAACUGUGCCUAUGACAUGUUUUCCUUUUCAAGUACAUGGGAUGUGCUUGUACAUUAUCGCAUCAUAGUUUCUGUGAAUAAAAGGCCUGAUUCCGGAA